GAGGUCGUCCUGCGUGUGCUGAACUUUAACGGAACUCUUGGCAAGGAGUCUUCGGCAGAAUCGUAUAAAGUUUUGGUGCUGGAUCGGUUCACGAAGGAUGUGAUUGCUCCCUUGCUGCGCUUGAACGACCUGCGGAAGCAUGGUGUUACACUCCAUCUCAUGCUGGAGAACGAUCGCCAGCCAAUACCUGACGUGCCGGCGGUUUACUUGGUUCAGCCAUCCGCUUCUAACAUCGAGCGAAUUGUAGCUGAUGCCGUAGCUGGGUUGUAUGACUCGAUGCACCUGAACUUCACCGUGUCUAUACCCAGCAAGUUGGUUGAGCAACUUGCGGCUGGCGCGGUCAAGGCGGGCUGUCUCAGCCGCAUCAGCAAGCUGUACGAUCAGUACCUGGCAUUCAUCGGGCUUGAGCCCACGCUAUUCUCUUUGGGCCAGCUGGAAGCAUACUUGGAGCUAAAUGACCCGCAAGCAAGAGAUUACCAGAUAGAGGCAGCCGUAUCGAACAUUGUCGACGGUCUGUUCUCCGUCUGUGUGACACUGGGCGUCGUGCCCAUUAUCCGCUGCCCACGCGGGGGUGCGGCGGAGCACAUCGCCGGGGCUCUGGAUGCUAAAUUGAGGGACGCGCUGAAAAGCCGCACCAAUCUGUUUAGCGAAGGUGUGCUGGGCUUAUCCGCGUCGCUGUCGCGGCCGCUGCUCUGCCUUUUCGACCGCAACUUCGACUUGUCAGCUGUAGUGCAGCAUGCCUGGACCUACAAGCCCCUUGUGCAUGACGUGCUGGGGCUGAAGCUGAAUCGCAUCGCGCUCCAGAGCGAGGCGAAACACUAUGAUGUGGACGAAAAAGACUUCUUCUGGGAGGCAUGCGGGUCGCACGUAUUUCCCAAGGUCGCCGAGGAGGUUGAGACGCAGCUGCAACGGUAUCGCAACGCAGUCGAGGAAAUUAAUAAGAAGACUGCGGCUGGCGGGGCACAGGAGGGUGCCUUUGAUCCGGACGAGCUGCUUCGGCAAAAUACGCAGAAUUUGAUGCAGGCCGUAUCUUCAUUGCCCGAGCUGCAGGAGCAAAAGAAGGCAUACGUACUGGAUAAGCACACCAACAUCGCAACCAGCCUGCUGGGCGCCAUUAAGAUGCGUGCUCUGGACCAGUACUACAACAUGGCGGAGGACCUGCUGGUGGGUAAAGCUGAUCUUCAGGCCGUGCUGAAGCUGCUACAGAGUGGCAAGGGAGCACCGAUGGACAAAUUGCGGCUGGCGCUGAUCUACGUGCUUGCGCAGGACGGUCUGCCUAGCGACCAGGAGCUGUCAGAGUUGGAGGUGGUUAUGCGGAGCGGGGGUGCAGACGCAACAGCGUUGCACUAUGUGCGGACGUUGAAGCGCAACAACCUGACCGGCAGCGGGAAGGUUGGCGCUGAGGCUUUGGGGCAUCACGGCGGUGCUGCCGUUGCGUCACAGAACAACCUGCUCGACUGGGCGGAUAAGACAUUUGGGCAGGGGCUCAGUCAAGUCGCGAAGGGCGUGAAGACGCUCCUUUCGGGCGCACGGCAGGCACCGUUGGCAAUGUGCGUCGAGGCACUGAUGGAGGGCAAGGCUGGCAGCCCGGAGUUCGAGUCAUACGCUGUGUUUGACCCGAAGUUGCCGCCUGGAAGGGCCAAGGUGGACCGUGCUAAGGGCCAAUUCCGGGAGGGCAUCGUGUUUAUGAUUGGUGGUGGGAACUACUACGAGCGUGAGACUCUCCUCACGUGGGCGCAACGCUGCACGCCGCCACGACAAGUGCUGUACGGUGCUACGGAGUUGUUAUCCGGCGAGGAGUUUGUUCAGCAACUAAGCGAGCUAGGUCGGCGAAGCGGUGGGCGCUGA